AUGGCGGAUCUUGUACAAGAGACGGAAAAUGUUUAUGCCUUGCGGGAUUUACCGGCGACAGUUGUGAACACAAUGUGCUAUCUCCAGCGGACAAAUGGUCCACAUGGUCAUAUUCACUACACAUCGGGCUGCACAGACAUGCAGGUUUGCACCCAACACAAUCAGACGAACGGACGAACAUCAAAUGACAUGUGUUUGCAAUGUUGCGAUGGAAGCUUCUGCAACUCGCACGGGUGCGGAGAUAAUGGUUUCCCGAUGAAAGAGUUACGUGGGCCGAUAUGUCUUGAUUGUAGUUUUGCAAGUGACCAUAAAGCGUGCGAUAAAGUCACAAUCUGUGGUCUUGAUGAGCUAUGCCAUAUUGAAGAACUGCCAUGGGGAGCUAACUCCAUAUUUCACCUCGGUUGCAAAUCUAAACGUGAAUGCGCAUUGUGGACUGGAUCACCCGCUGAUUAUAUAGAUGCGUCAUUCGAGGGUCAGGGCGCAGAAAUGCAGAGGUCGGUUCCACUGUGCAAGACAUGUUGCCAGAACGACUACUGCAACCGGAACUGCACGAGUCACAACAACAACAACCAAGGGAUUAUUGUUGGAUAAUUUGGUGUUUAGUUAAAGCAUUUAUUCUAAAAAAAUGAAUAGCAAAUUAGGGAUAGGUUUUCAUUUACAACUUUUUUAAUCUUACAUUCUAACAAAUUGAAUUAAGAAAUUUUCUGUUGAUCCUUUUCUCUUCUUUUUACCGUUUGCGUUGUAUAUGUACCAAACUCUACAGAAUUGUUUUGAAUGUAUACGUUUAUAUGUUAAAGAUAUGAAAUAUCGAUAUAGCUAAAACCAAUGACUUUAAGGCCGCGUCCGUAGAAUCAGCU